CCGAAGUUGCAGCAUUUUCACAGCAGAAGAAGAAGAAGAAGAAAUGGAAAACAGAGAUCGCCUGAGAGUUCAAAAGAAGAAACCCAUUAAGCGCAGCAGCAGAAGGAAAGUAUCACUGAGAAAGGUUUUGGAUUAUCUCAAGUCUGAUACUUUCAUGUAUGCCCCUCUUCUCUCUCCGCUACCCUCUUCUCAUGCUUUCAACACCUUUCCUUCUGAAGUUGUUGAAUUGAAAAAACCUGUGAAAGAGAGGCAGUGGCUUGGGGAGUAUCUCAUAUCUGAUGUUUAUAUGUAUGCUCCGCUGCUUCAUCUUCCCCAUUCACCUCAAGAACCUCUGCGAGACUGUAGAAUGAAUAGGAUGGAUGAUUCUACUAGAAGGUUGACAAUGAAAGUUAAUCAACAAACUGAUCAUUUAGGAAAUGCAAACCAAAGUUCUGAAAGUUAUCUUCGUCAAACAGGCCUCUCUAAUCUGCAUACUUGGAGACACCCAGAGACUCUGAAACAUACUGUGUACCAAGGAAUUGUGACCCUCAACUCGCAGCCGAGAGCUCAUGGUUGAUUGAAACUUUUGGAUAUUGCUGUGAACAUAACAUAGAAGAUAAUAACCUAUACAUGCUGUUCUUUUCUUUUAGGUGUACAUAUUAUAAAUGCGUGUAGAAUUUUACUAGUUAUCGUUUUCGUUACUUAAUUAAUAGAAUAUGCUAGUGUGCCAUGUAUCAACUUUGACAUGCAUUUCAUGUAACGUUUAUUUCAAUUGUAGUUUGAACUUCCUUAUUAAUUAACCGU